AAUCCCGCAACGAACUGUACUAGUUAUAUAUAAAACAUUUUUUUUUUUUUGCAAAAUCAAAACACCAUGAAUAGAAUGAAAAUUAUAUAGAACUGAUGAUCAUUAUUUGAGCAUUAUAGGAGGGGCUUAUCUGGCGAGGCGUUUGGCGGUCAUCGUUUGGAAUCAGUUUCGGGUCGAACGUGAAACGUUGAGCACUGUUGAACAAUGUACGUCCGGAAUUGUUUGCUGUUGCUCUGGAUCUGUUUGCUGAUCUCGUUGGCGGUCAUCUUGGUCGUUGUCGCCGAGGAUAAGGACGCUUCAUCGAGAAUCGUGCUGGUGUCCAGUCUGGAGGGCAAUUGCCAAACUGAGGGUGCUGUGACCCGUUGCAGUGGCUUCAACUUCGACAGUGAGGAUGAAAGGGCUACGUUUGAUUUGCCCACUGAGGUGCGGAUUGCUGAGGAUGGCACCACCUAUGAGGUGGGCGACGAAGAGCCCUCCAGAACACUGAUCUUUGAGAACUGCACGUUCACGAACUUUCCCCUGCGACUUUUCUACACGCUGGAGGUGACUGAGUUGGACAUGCGAGUGUGUAGCAUCCGAUACAUCUACUGGGAAAACUUCUCCAUUGGUGCCGACAAGUUGGUGAUCCUUCUGCUAUCCGACAAUAAACUCGAGGAUCUGCCCACAAGCACCUUUAGGGGAGCAGGCAACCUGCAGUUCCUCUUCCUGAAUCGCAACAAACUAAGCAAAGUGCAGGAAGGUGCCUUUGAGAACCUGCAAAAGUUGCAGUAUCUGGACCUAACGGACAAUUACUUGGAGGAUCUGCCGAGGGAUAUAUUUUCCGAACUGAAGAGUCUGCGGCAUGUGGGCUUGGCCAAUAACCAACUGACCACCAUUGAGAGCGAUUUGUUUGCCCAAAAUCCGGGACUUUUAUCAGUUGCCCUCCAGAACAACCGACUUCGGGAGGUGGGGGAGUAUGCCUUUCGGUCCAAGGGGCAUGAUCAUCAGAUGCAGUACGUAGAUCUGUCGCAUAACCCGCAGCUGGCUGUGCUGCUGCUGAAUAUUAAUGCCACUAACCUGACCGUUCGCAAUUGUUCGCUGGACCGUGUCAAUUUGUACGGCUCGGUGAGGAAUGUCGAUCUGAGCGAUAAUCGCGUGCGGGAGCUGUACUUUCCCGCCUCGGAGGCCCUAGAGCAUUUGGUGCUGCGCAACAACUCGCUAACCCAGUUGGCCUCGUUGAGCCGGGUGCCCAGGCUGCGGCACCUGGACGUGGCCGAUAAUCCGCAUCUUGGGCAAUUGCCCGAAGGCUGGCAAACGCCGCACCUGGAGAUGUUGGUGCUGCGAAACACUGGCCAAGUGGAGCUGCCGCUUGGGGCUUUGAAGGGAAUGCAAAACCUGCGAAAUCUGGACAUUUCAGGCAAUAAUCUUACCGAUAUCGAUCCCUCCGCUUUUCCCACACUCUCGCAGCUAACUCACUUCUUUAUACACGGCAACAACUGGAAUUGUUUUAGUCUGAGAACCCUAAUGGACGUAGUCAUCCGUCCCAAUGGCAUUACCUUUACCGCGGACGAGGACGAUCCGAAUUAUCCGGGGGAGUACAUUCGAGGCAUAGCCUGCAUGUAUCGCAUGUCUGAGAAGGAGCCUCUAGACUCCUCCUCGGAAAUGUCGGCCAGUGUGGAGUCCUCACCAAAGCUUAGUUAUUCCCCUGCUGAUCACCAAGAAGUGGAAAAACUGCGUCAGGAACUGAAAACGGUGGUGCAGCAUUUUGAGAGCAAGUUCGAUUUGGUGCUCAGUCAACUCGGCAAACUGAAUGAGCAGAUGCAGGCCUUCGAGGUACUUAACAAAACUGUUUGGAGUCAGGUCACCUUGUCAGUCUAAGCCAUUUCUUAUGUUUGGUUAAAAUUUAUUGUCUUUUUCAUGUGAUCAGUAAAUUUUAAAAAUAA